AUGCCGAUUCGUAAUAGGCAAGAAAAAAACGUCAAUUUUCAAGAAAAGGAUGUUUACUUCGAUUUCGACGAUAAGAAGAAGGAGUUCUUUCGAGUGUCGAAAAAUGAAAACAUUAUAGUUUUAACAAUCCUCACCAUUUUGUCUUUCGCGACACGCUUUUAUAUGAUUUCUCAUCCGAAAGAAGUUGUUUUCGACGAAGUUCAUUUUGGAAAGUUUGCGAGUUAUUAUCUCAAAAGAACUUAUUAUUUUGAUGUUCAUCCACCCCUCGGUAAAUUAAUGAUUGCAGCCAUGGGUUGGAUCCUGGGUUACGACGGUCAUUUCGAUUUCAAGAAAAUCGGCAUGGACUACAUAGAAAAUGAUGUUCCUUAUGUGGGACUCCGAUCAUUGCCUGCCGCUCUAGGCGCAUUAUACGUUCCUCUUGCAUAUCUAAUCAUGAAAGAAUCGGGAUACCCAAUGAUCACCGCGAUAUUAGCCGCCGGACUGAUGGUUGGACUUUUUACAGUUUUUACCAUAGGAUAUGCUGUUCUCUAUGAUCUAUGGAACUUAUUGGAUAUAAAACGUGGAUUAUCAAUGGACCAUAUUAGGAAACACUUUUUAGCACGUGCCCUUGGUCUUAUAGUUGUGCCGAUUGCCAUAUAUUUGUUCUGGUUUUAUAUUCAUUUUCUUAUACUGAAUACGAGCGGCCCCGGAGAUGCGUUUAUGAGUCCGUCAUUCCAAGAAACAUUAAAGGACAGCGCCGUGAACCUUCAAAGCUUAGAAAUAAGGUACAAUGAUACUAUUACUCUGAAGCACAAAGAUACUAAGGCAUUUCUACAUUCUCAUACCGCCCGUUAUCCGCGCCGGUAUGAAGAUGGACGUAUCAGUAGCGCCGGUCAGCAAGUCACAGGUUAUAAGCACGCCGAUGCCAAUAAUCAUUGGCGUAUCAAACCUGCCGAAAAUUUCUUUGACCAAUCAAGACCUGAAAAUGAUACC